GCAGUGUCCACAACAAAUGUACUGAAAAGACAUCGGAAGCUGAACAAAACCAGACGCAGCAGCAAGAAUUCUGCACACUCCUCGUGGGAGGGACUGGAUGCGGUGGUCCUCGGUCUGCCUGGCACCUGCGCCGGGGAGGCGUGCACGCGCACCUGCCCAGCCGCCUGCGCCUGCAGCAGCACCGAGCGCGGCUGCUCCGUGCGCUGUGACCGCGCCGGCCUCCUGCGCGUGCCGGCCGAGUUUCCGUGCGAGCUGCCCGCCCUGCGCGAGCUCGCCGCCUUCGAUAACCUGUUCCGCCACGUGCCCGGCGCGCUGCGCGGCCUGGCCAACCUGACGCAUGCGCACCUGGAGCGCAGCCGCAUCGAGGCGGUGGCCUCCAGUUCGCUGCAGGGCCUGAGGCGCCUUCGCUCGCUCAGCCUGCAGGCCAACCGAGUCCGCGCCGUGCACGCGGGCGCCUUUCGCGACUGCGGCGCCCUGGAGCAUCUGCUGCUCAAUGACAACCUGCUGGCCGAGCUGCCGGCGGAAGCCUUCCAAGGCCUGCGCCGCCUGCGCACGCUCAACCUGGGUGGCAACGCGCUGGGCCUCGUGGGGAGCGCCUGGUUCGCUGACCUGGCGGAGCUCGAGCUGCUCUACCUGGACCGCAACAGCAUCGCCUUCGUGGAGGAGGGCGCCUUCCAGAACCUCUCGGGCCUCCUCGCUCUGCACCUCAAUGGCAACCACCUCACUGUGCUGGCCUGGGCCGCCUUCCAGCCUGGCUUCUUCCUGGGCCGCCUCUUUCUCUUCCGCAACCCGUGGCGCUGUGACUGCCGCCUGGAGUGGCUGCGGGACUGGAUGGAGAGCUCCGGCCGCGUGGCCGACGUGCCGUGCGCCUCCCCGGGCUCCGUGGCCGGCCUGGACCUCAGCCAGGUGGCCUUUGCGCGCUCUUCGGAUGGCCUCUGUGUGGAUCCCGAGGAGCUGAACCUCACCGCGUCCAGUCCAGGCCCGUCCCUAGAGCCUGUGGCCACCACCGUGAGUAGGUUCAGCAGCCUCCUCUCCAAGCUGCUGGCCCCAAGGGUCCCGGUGGAGGAGGUGGCCAACACCACCGAGGGUCUGCUCAACGCCUCUCUGGCUGACAGCCUCUCCGGUGGGGUGGUUGUUUCGGGCCACAGCACCCGGUUUCUCCUCGGCUCUGCUCUCCUGCUCACCAUCCUACACAUGGACUGACCUUGCCUCCACUUGGGGUGGCCCAGAUUGCCUUGGCCGGCGGAGGAAAGUGGAGUUAACUGGGCUCGAGGGUGUUUGUGGUGCGGGGAGAGGGGAACUGGAUGGGGCAGGUGGUGAAAAUUCCAGCCCAGGAUGGAAGGGACAGUUUACUUCCAGAGAUGGCCCUAGCAAGGGGAGAGCCCUGGGCGGUGCCGCGCUGGAAUGGGGUGGAGGUGGGGGGCGAAUGGAUUUCUGCUCCUGUCACCUGGGCAUCUGUUGGACCACAGAAGCAAGAGUGAACAUGGGCCCUCCAGUGAGAAGAUGAGGGAUUGGAAGCUCCUAGGACUACAGGGCUCUACCCCCAUCUCCUAGGACACAGAGACUGCAGUGCCUGAAUUAGAGUCAAUCAAGUGGCUCAAUACUAAGAACUGUGCUAGUUUUUCUGGCAGGACAGCCCGUUAAGCCCAGUCCCUUUGUUUUCUCCCACAAUUGCCCCCC